AUCUGACUUGACGUGCCUCUCCUCUGUGCAAGCCUUGCGUUGGGGUGAAGCCGCAUAAAAGCGUUUCCAAUAAUGCGGGCGUGAAGUGCAUGUAGUAAAACGGAGGGGAUUCAGGAGGAGGACAGCGGAGGGUUACCGGCUUCACACCCAACCUGUCAGCCGGGCACAGGAGGAAUACAAUGUCGAACCGAAAGCACCGGGACAACCAGGAGAUCUGCGCCCGCAAGGUCCGGGAGCUGGCCCAGUCUGGAGUAAACAAACACUGCUUCGAGUGCAACCAGCCCGGGGUGACUUACACCGACAUCACGGUGGGCAGCUUCGUCUGCACGUCGUGCUCCGGAAUGCUCUUCUUAAACGACAGAGCGCUAGUUGGUCAUUUUCCAGCUCUGAGGAGAGGCCUCAACCCUCCCCAUCGAGUCAAGUCUAUCUCCAUGACAACCUUCUCCCAACAGGAAGUAGAAUUCCUCCAAAAUCAUGGCAAUGAGGUUGGGAGGAGGACUUGGCUGUGCGUGUUUGACCCAAAGACGGAAGGCUGCUCCGACAUGAAGGACUCUCAGAAGUUCAAAGAGUUCCUGCAGGACAAAUAUGAGAAGAAGAAAUGGCAUUUUUCCAAAAGUAAGAACCGGAGAGAUGUCGAGGGUCCUUGGAGCCCGGGGGUCCAGGCAGUGCCCCCUUCCCAUGGUCCCUUAGCGAGCCAGGUCCCCUCCCAUAACCUGCCCCCUAACGCCAGGUCUACAAGGCCAAUGACUCAGUCACAGCUGCCGUCAUGGGAUCGAGCUCCCGUCAUCUCGCCUGCCGACAUGCGGGCGGAUGUGUUCACCGCUCGGCCAUCGCGCUCCCAGAGCUUCAGAGACCCUACUCUGAAAGAUCCCACCAUGUGCGGGAUAGAAAGACAGCGGCCGGGCUCCCUGUCGUCGGUGCUGGGAGCUCAAAGCCACGUCCCCUCCUUCCCCGCCCUCCCGCGGCCCUCAGGUCGUACAGUAUCAGCCUCGGGGACCACGGGGCCCUUCAGGGCCUUCCCCAAGUCUCUCAGCGUCGACUUUGGUGGUCUGAACCAUCCUCAGCAGCAGUCUCUUCCCCAUUCUAUGUCCCAACAGCAGCCUGGAAGCGCCGGCCAGACGACAGCGCCAGUCGGCAGCUCCAAUGACAGAUACGCUGCGGUGUCGCAUCUGGACAGCGUCACAGCGCCACCCGGUGGUCCUCCGCAGUACAACGCCAUCUUCGGCAACAGGCUUUCCUCCAGCUCUACUCCUGCCAGCUCCCCCGGCGUCGAUACAGUCUCCAGCUCCCAAACCUUUGCAAAUUUCCCAAACCCAUUCAGCUCCAGCUCCAGCUCCAGCUCCGCUUCCCAGCAGCCCGUUGCUCUCUCCCCCAGUAACCCCUUCAGCAACUCAUCAGGAGGUGACUCCGGUGAGUUUGUCACCUCGCCCACCUCCGUCUUUCCUCCGUCCGCCUCCUACCCAGCACUCAACAGUCAGAAUGCAUUGCAUCAUGAGUCAGCCAGCAACCAGGAAGCCAAUGGUUUCGCCUCCUUCCCUGCCCCCGACUCUCAGCCCAAAGUCCCUCGGCCGAUGUCGGUGAACCCGUUUACGGGGAAUGUUUACGCCAGUAGAGGGACGUCACGAAACCCUUUCAUCUGAUCCCCCCCCCCCUCCUUAUUUCACCCACCCAUCCAUCUCUGGGAACCAAGGAAGAAGUGAACUUGAGGAGUUGCUGCCAUUUCAAUGCCUCUGGAGUAUUCUCACCCUCUGAGGGAGGGUUUUACGUCCUCUCUCUCUCUCUCUCUCUCUCUCUCUCUCUCUCUCUCUCUCUCUCUCUCUCUCUCUCUCUCUCUCUCUCUCUCUCUCUCUCUCUCUCUCUCUCCCCCCCCUUCUCUGUCUGUGUUUACGUGUUAGUGGAGGAUAUAAAAAAAAAAAAGUGUGAAUGUAAUUAUGAAAUUCAUGUAUGUAUGAGAUCGGUCACCUGCUGUGUUUGUACCAUGUGACGUAUGUCAAAAGGUGUUUGUGUGCCAGUAGACGCCACCUCAGGGCUCUGUGGGAGUCAAGAGUAGACGAUGCCUCUAUGAUUUUUUCAGAAACACACACACACACACACACACACACACACACACAUGUCGCUGCUGCUACUUUGCUUUCAUCUCCUGCCUAAAAGUGCAAAAUAAUAAAAAAAAACAGCCCGCCACUAAAUGCAUCAGCGUUGUCUCCUGGUUUAAAAGAAAGAAAGUCUCUCAAGUGUCCAAAGGAAGAGCCAGCUGAGACUCUGCGUCACGAGUUUCUACAGAUGGUCAUAACAGCCUUAACAGCCUACUGAUGCAUGUGAAUUAGCAUCGAACGAUAAGACAGGCUUUUCUCUGUGAUGAGUGUGUGUGGAACAUGUUUUCAUUCAAGGAUAAUUACGUUUUCCACUUCCUAGGCUGCAUGUGCUUAGAGGGCUAAAAGGAGAUGCUACUGAAUGUAAAAAAUAAUUUCACAAUAACUUUAAUGUGUGUAAAAAGUUCCUCGCUUCAUGUUCCGGACCAAAAUGUUUCUCGCUUGUUUGUUUUUUUCUGUUGACAUGGAGGUUGAAGUUCAUUUCCCUUGUAUUGCCAAAAAGAAAAGAGAUUAAAGUGUCUUUGUCAAAGACGAGUAUUCAUGUUCAUAAAAUCAGUUUGUUGCUUCUUAAAA